AUGUGGUCAUGGUUUCAUUUUACUGUUAAUGAUAUCUUAUUAUUUCAGUCAUGGAAAAUUGAUACUACAUGGAGAAUGAUCAUCAGUUGUAUUGGGAUUUUUCUGCUUGGAAUAUUCUUUGAAGGAAUCAAAUUGAUACGAAGAAAUUUUAACUCAACGAAAUCAUCAUUAACAACAACAGAUCAAACAACUAUUGUGUUUCUUAAUAGUACUAUUUGGCGGUAUUGUGAGCACUAUUUGGCAACAUUCAAUUAUGAGUUCUAUUUGGCGAUUUAUGCAGACUAUCUAUCAUCAAAUACCUCAAAUAACCUUAUUUGUGAUACAACUUAUCAUCAAUUACCUGCUUAUGCUAAUAUUUAUGUCUUAUUCGGUUUGGUUUAG